UCGACAGAAGCUUGUUAUUGUAUGCACACUGUUGUAAACUGUGGAAAUGAUUUAUGAUAUCCGGGUUCCUGUGAAAUACACUGGCAUUGAGUUCCAUGACUCACAAACGCUGCAAACAAACGCACGUGUUCGACUCUUUCACACAUGUUGACAUAAGCGCUGAAAAGACAUUAAAUCCAUAAAUCAUUUAUGUUUCCAUGCUGCCAAAUCGGGUGUGCUCCGUGGCUUUCAGAGUCUGAACUUGAGCGAUUUUGAGCGGAGAACGACCGGGUGGGGUCGUAUCGGUGGAGCAGCCUAUAAAUAGCCUGGCUGUAUGGAGCUGCAUAAAGCUGCACGUGCGCCGGGAUCGUCGGGAUGUCUCCGUCAGGGCGUCCCAACACGGUCCGGCUUGUAUUCCUGGGAGCAGCGGGGGUUGGCAAGACCGCGCUCAUCCACCGAUUCCUCCACGACGGAUUCGAGCACAAGUACACGCGCACUGUCGAGGAGCUUCACGUGCUCGAGUAUGACACCGCGGGCUCUGAGGAGAAGAUGCGGCUGGAGAUACUGGACACGAGCGGCAGCUACUCGUUCCCGGCUAUGAGGGAGCUCUGCAUCCGACACAGCGACGCCUUCGCCCUGGUGUACGCGGCAGACGAGCCCGACUCCUUCGAGGAGGUGCGUCGACUGCGCGCCGAGAUUCUGGAGCUGCGCGGCGGCGGCAGGAGCGUGCCCAUCACCGUGGUCCGCAGCAAAGCGGAUCUGACCGAGAGCGAAGGUCGAGCGCCGGUUGCCUGUGACGCCAUGGCCACGGUGGAGACUGAGUGGGGCGCAGACUUCGUGGAGGCGUCCGCGAGCACGGGCAGAAACGCGGUCGGGGUGUUCAGCUCGCUGCUGCAACAGGUGAACCUGCCGCCACGACUGAGCCCCGCGGCGUGGACACGCAGAGACACCGUGCCUAGGCCCCGAGCUAGGAAGAGACCCUCGCCGAAGAAGCACAACAGCUGUGUUCUGUCGUAGAAACCGCUGCAGCUGGACUGCGCCUGCUCAGUUUCGAGCCCGUUCUCACUCUAAAAUGUUACGCUUUGGAGCGUGUUGCAGUUUAACACCUGUUCACGGGUGACGGCUCCUCGGGUCACUUUAAUGUGUCUGAAAGCCAGCGGGGCCUGUAAUGCUCAUAGUUUAAGGGGAGCAAACGGGAUGAUGCACUUUAUUUGAGUCCUGUUUUGUGUGUACA